AUGGCUUCACCAUUUUUCUUCGUAGGAAAGAAAGACGGAGCACUAUGUCCCUGUCAGGAUUACCGAUACCUGAAUGAAGGGACGGUGAAGAACGCCUAUCCUCUUCCGCUCAUUUCUGACCUUAUGGAUCAAUUUAAAGGCGCAUCGGUCUUUACAAAAAUGGAUUUACGCUCCGGAUAUAACAAUGUCAGAAUCAAAGAUGGUGACCAAUGGAAGGGCGCAUUUAAGACAAAUCACGGACUUUUCGAACCUAUGGUCAUGUUCUUUGGACUCUGCAACUCCCCGGCGACUUUCCAAAUGAUGAUGAACGCACUCUUCAAGGACAUGAUCGAUGAGGGAUGGAUAGUCAUUUACAUGGAUGAUAUCCUCAUCUUCUCAAAUGAUUUGGAAGAACAUCACGUUCGAACCCGACGUGUACUCCAACGACUCAAAGAUAACGACUUAUUCCUUAAACCGGAAAAGUGUUUCUUUGACGUUAAAGAAGUUGAAUUCCUAGGCAUGAUCAUUCGAGAAAACUACAUUGGCAUGGACCCUAUCAAACUUAAAGGAAUUGCAGAAUGGCCUGAACCAAGCACGGUAAAAGGUGUUCGCUCUUUCCUAGGGUUUGGAAACUUCUAUCGGAAGUUUAUUGCCAACUUCUCGGAUAUUGCCAAACCAUUGACGAAUCUUACGCGCACUGCCACUGGAUCUCCACCUUUUGAAUGGACAACAGAAUGUCAGACAGCUUUCGACACAUUGAAGCAACAAUUCAGUACCGCCCCAGUACUGUUAUUGCCUGACAAGGCAAAACCCUUUAUUGUUGAAUCUGACGCUUCCAAGUUUGCUAUGGGUGCAGUUUUACGCCAAGCCGACAUCAAUGGAGACCUCCAUCCUUGUGCCUACAUUUCACAGAUGCUCAAUCCAGCUGAACGGAACUACAAAAUCUACGACCGCGAACUCCUCGGAAUCAUUCGAGCCCUCACUGAAUGGCGCCAUUAUCUUGAAGGCUCUCCCCAUCCCGUCGAAGUUCGCAGUGAUCACAAGAACCUCACGUACUUCCGUACAGCUCAGAAGUUAAACCCCCGACAAGCACGAUGGAGUCUUAAAUUAUCACAAUUUGAUCUUCACCUCAUCCAUGUCCCUGGCACUCAGAUGAUCCAAUCUGAUGCGCUAUCUCGUCGUAAUGGACUCGAUGACAGUGAAAGUGACAAUGAAGAUUGCAUUCUUUUACCCAAUGCACUAUUCGUGCGAUCCAUUUCCCUGACACUAUUCGACGAAAUCAGGAAUCACGCAGCAAAAGACCUCAUUGUUCACGAAGCCCUCGAAGCAAUUGCGCACAAAGGGCCAUUCCCCAUGAAAUCAUCGCUUUCCGACUGGGAAGUUCACGAUGGUGUCAUCCUCUACAAGGGAAAGAUUUACGUUCCACCAUCCGAAACUCUUCGUCGUGACCUCGUUCGACUGCAUCACGACUCCCCUGCCAUGGGUCACCCUGGAAAGUUCAAUACUCUUGAACUGUUACGUCGUGAAUUCUGGUGGCCCGGCAUGUAUACAUUUGUCUACAAUUAUGUUGAAGGCUGUGCCGCCUGUCAACAAAUGAAACUGAAUACUCAUCCAACUCGUAUUCCUUUGGAACCAAUUCCCGCCGACCCAAACGCAUUACCAUUUUCCUGUUGUACCACCGAUUUUAUUACCGACCUCCCCGUUUCCAACAGUUUUGAUUCAAUUAUGGUCAUAGUAGACCAUGACCUUACGAAGGGGGUGAUUCUUACGCCCUGCCUCAAAACGAUCACAGCCGAAGGAACGGCCAAGAUUUUUCAUGACAAAGUAUACUUGCGAUUUGGACUACCCGACCGAAUCAUCUCGGAUAGAGGACCUCAAUAUGCCUCCAAGGUUUUCCAAGAGUUAAAUCGACUACUCCAGAUCAGAUCAUCAAUGAGCACAGCUUAUCACCCUCAGACAGACGGAGAAACAGAGCGAGUCAACCAGGAGCUGGAAAUCUAUCUUUGA